AAUGCGUUUUAUAGGUCAUUCUCAUUCCUCCCACACACGCAGAGCCGGAGAAAACAGUUUAAAGGGACACCGAGUGCAUAAAAGGUAACAUUUACCGGAGACGCACUUACUAAACCGCGCAACUUUAAUUCUAUUCUUCUUCACUACUGAAACUCAUCGAGAUGCUUCCUGAUUCAACUACAGGGUACAGUUAUGAGGAGUGCAAGGCCACAGCUGAUUGGCUGUUAGCCAAGACUCAGGUGCGCCCCCUGGUGGGGAUCGUGUGCGGCUCGGGUCUCGGUGGACUGGCAGAAAUGCUGAAAGAUCAGCUGGUCAUCAAGUACAGCGACAUCCCAAACUUCCCUCAGAGCACCGUGGACGGCCAUGCUGGAAAGCUGGUGUUUGGCACCCUGAAAGGAAAGCCGUGCGUUUGCAUGCAGGGAAGGUUUCACCUCUAUGAAGGAUAUCCCAUUCAGAAGACCACCAUGCCCAUCCGGGUCUUUAAGCUCAUGGGUGUGGACACGGUUCUCCUGACCAACGCCGCUGGCGGACUGAACCAGGACUUUAAUGUGGGCGACAUCAUGGUUAUAAAGGAUCACAUCAAUAUUCCCGGCUUCGCUGGAAACAACCCGUUAGUGGGACCGAAUGACGAGAGGUUUGGCGUGCGGUUCCCGUGUGUGUCUGACGCGUAUGACCGCGGACUGCAGGAGCUAGCGCUCGAGGUCGCGGAUGAGCUAGGCUUCUCCUCCUUCAUGCAGAAGGGUGUGUACUGUGUUGUGGGCGGCCCGUCCUUCGAGACCAGCGCUGAGUGCCGAAUGCUGCGCUCGCUCGGGGCCGACGCCGUCGGCAUGAGCACUGCACACGAGGUGAUCGUGGCUCGUCACUGUGGCCUGCGUGUCUUCGCUCUGUCUCUGAUCACCAAUAAGUCGGUGAUGGAUUACGAGAGUGAGAAGAAGGCGAAUCACGCGGAGGUUCUGGAGACGGCGGCUGUGAGAGCCGCUCAGUUGGAGAAACUCAUCGCCAACAUGGUGUCCCGCAUCGAGAUCGGGAACUACAACACACAGUGAGAGAAUCCUCUCCAACACGAGCGCUGGCACCAGUGUCCAUCACACACACUCACACACACUCCUUACAGUGCUUUACAACGUUUACAUUCCAGAGAUCACGUGUUUUAGGGAACAUGUUCCCAUAUAGAAACUAAACACUCCAGCACGGCUCUUCCAAGGCCCUGUCAGGUCACUAUUAUAGUGCCGAUUUUCUAACUUUUAUUUAUUGUGUCUAAAUAUUUGAUUUAUUUAAAACACAAGUUACGUGGGAAAUAAUACAAAAAAUCACUGAAAUCGGGAGCUUUUAUCUAAAAAAUGUGUUACUGAAUUCACUUUAAGAUAUUUAUUAGCAAAUUCUGAACUUAAAGUAUACUGUAUUUAUGUGAAUUAUUUAAGUUAAACAAGUGGAAAAUAAUACAAAAAAUCACUGAAAUAUACCAGCAAUGCUGGAAAUCGGGAGCUUUUAUCUAAAAAAUGUGUUACUGAAUUCACUUUAAGAUAUUUAUUUGCAAAUUCUGAACUUAAAGAACACUGUAUUUAUGUGAUUUAUUUAAGUUAAACAAGUGGGAAAUAUUACGAAAAAUCACUGAAAUAUACCAGCAAAGAAGGAAAUUGGGAGCUUUUUAAAAAUAUAUAUUUCUUGAAUCUAAGAUAAUUGCAACUGAAUUCACUUUAAGAUAUUUAUUAUCAAAUUCUGAACUUAAAGAAUACUGUAUUUAUGUGAAUUAUUUAAAACGCAAGUUAAACAAGUAAAAUAAUACAAAAAAACACUGAAAUAUACCAGCAAUGCUGGAAAUCGGGAGCUUUUAUCUAAAAUAUUUGUUACUGAAUUUACUUUAAGGUAUUUAUGUGAAUUAUUUUAAAUAAAAAAUUAAACAAGUGGUUAAUCGUACACACAAAUCACAGAAAUAUACCAGUAAUGAAGGAGCUUUUUAAAAAUAUAUAUAUUUCUUGAAUCUAAAAUAAUUGCAACUGAAUUCACUUUAAGAUAUUUAUUAGCAAAUUCUGAACUUAAAGAAUACUGUAUUUAUGUGGAUUAUUUAAAACGCAAGUUAAACAAGUGGGAAAUAAUACAAAUAAAUUACUGUAAUAUACCAGCAAUGCUGGAAAUCUUUUAUCUAAAAUAUUUGUUACUGAAUUCACUUUAAGGUAUUUAUGUGAAUUAUUUACAAAAAAAAAAGUUAAACAAGUGGUUAAUAAAACACACAAAUCACUUAAAUAUACCAGUAAUGCAUGAAAUACAGAGCUUUUUUACAAUAUAUAUCUUGUUGUAUCUAAAAGAAUUGUUACUGAAUUCACUUUAAGUCUUUAUCAAAGAAAUACUGAACUUAAGGGAAACUGUAUUUUUGUGACCGUGAGGUUUUGAAGGGUGAAUGUUGUUUUUAAUUGCACUAACUGUAUCAGAACUGCUGUUUUAUUGACAAUCUCCAGCACUUUCCCCAGAAACAUUUGUUUUAUUUUAUGCAAAACUUUAAAAUUGCACUUCAAGCUCUUUUGGUACGUAUUGUUUUUAUGAUAUCCUGCUUAAAUGCAAUUACACUUAAUUUUCUGGGUU